UUGUUUUUUUUUUGCAUUUGGAUUAAUAUAUAGUUGUAUAUAUACGAAUAAAUAUAUAUAUAUAUAUACAAUUAUUUAUUACAUUAAUAACUAAAAUAUAAUUGAGUAGUUAUUUGAAUUUUGAAUUAAUAUAAAUUAAAUUCAUUAGUUUAAAAAAUAAUAGAUUAGUUAGUUAGUUCUUUAAUUUUAGGUAUGAUGUAUAUUUAACAAUUAAAUUAUAUAUGAGUAGAAAUAAUAGGAAAUAUAAUUGAAUAUAAUGGUCUAACCUAGACUAUUUGUAAUUAGAUAAAUAUUGCUUUUGUUUUAAUAGUAUUGAUUUCAAAUUCAGAUUUUUUAAAUAAAAAAAUUAAAUAUUAAUUAUUUGCGUUAUUUUAUUUAGAUUUACUCUUUUCGAAUACUAAUACUUAUAUUCGGGUUCAGUUUUUUUUUUCUAGAUUUUCGAAUUUUUUUGUAGAUAUAUGUUUGAAUUUAGAUAGGUUGGGAUAACGACUUAAAUAUAAUCUUACAAUAUAUUUUUCCAAAUCGAAUCUGGUAUGGAUUCAGAUAUUUUCCGUUAGAUUCGGUUUGGAUCUCUGAUUCAGUUACACCAAACCGGGUUUAGCUUUUCUUCCCGGCUUUGUGUUUGAAUUUUACGGCUUUAUAAAUCAGUGACGCGACUUUUCACCGGCGAAACUUAAAGACGACGGCGACGGGGAGCUGAUAGUUGAAACUCGUAAGGAAAAUCGAUGAAGUUGAAAUCGGGUGUUCGAUGCAUCUGAAAUCAAAUCGCAAACAAAUGGGUCACGAUAUCAGUGGAGCCUGCGGGCAGCUAGUCGUGAACCAACCUGAGAGGUCCUGGAACUGUGGAACUAACUUAAGGACCCCCACACAUUUUCUAUUAGAGUUCUAUUAAAGUUCUUAUUGUCAAAGUCAAUUACGUAAUGCUAUCAUCAAUCAUGACUAUAUCCUAUAUAUAAAGUUGGUAUAAUACCACCAGCAGGGUCAAUACUUAUCCAUAGAUUUGAUCCAACAGUAGUCAAUUCAAUACAAAGACAAGUUUGAUUCUUCUUAUGUCGCAUAAUAUAAAUAUUGGGUUUCUGUAAGAUAUUUUUCACAUAGAAACAGAGAGAUUUAAAUGGAGGGGUUGAUUCCAUAUCUGAUUCAUGCUAUCAAGAAAGACCAUAAGCCACAAGAUCAGGGGUAUCGGUCGUUGUCUGUAGGAUCUAGCCGAGGCUACCGACCAUUAAUGAUGGGACAGGAAGGUUCUUCUUCAUUACAGGGAUCUUCUCACCGUCGAACAAGAUCAGAGUACAAGCCACCUGUUAUAAUGGAUAUGUUUGAUCAGACAUCAUCAGGAGGUUUUGGUCUAAACUCUGUGAAUGAAGAUCUUUCUUCUCAGAAUAUAGCAACAAAGCUUCAGCAUGCAGAUAGACGUUGAGCUUCUGUCAGAAAAAAAAAUUUUAUAAUCUGAAAUCAAAUUGUAAUAAGUCUUAGAUACCAGUUAUAUGAAUUUGUUUAAAUUAAUUAAUUUAUUUAUUUA